GUCAAUGAAAACGAUCCUUGCUCGUUUGUAGAAGAGGAAAGAAACGCAGUAAUUGCCGCCGCUGUUGCUGACUUUGACGCAGAUGAUCAGUGCGAAGAGAAUGAUGGUGACGACGAUACAGUUAAUGUCAUUAUAAAGCCUUCCAGUAAAACAGGAAUUUACAAAACCGGUGCUGCUUACCAAGCUCGAUCAGUCUCUCACACAACUCAAC